ACACUAUUUACUCACCGCACCACGCGCAGGCACACAGAGCGAUACUGUCUAGCAAAGGAUGCAAGUUCAAUCUACUAAGAGAUAGACUAGCUAAGGCAGGUUUUAUUUGACAAACAUUGCGGACGAAUUGCAUGGCAAUCACAAUUUUCUUCUAACCAUUGGACUUCACAAUUACAGCUUUGUUGUCAUAGUUAAUCACAGUUUUGCUGUUGGUACAACGGAGUGGUUUCCACGAUCCAAAAAAGGAUUCCAGGAAUGGAGUCGAUUCCUACUCAAAUACCUGCGGGACGAGACUCACCAAGCUCAAAACAAGAACUGCCAUACUCUAGCACGAGCAACCUUAAGCCAAACCAAGUUAGUGAGACCAUUUUGUAUGGAAUACCCAUCGUGUCAUUGGUGAUAGAUGGCCAGGAGAGACUUUGCCUCGCACAAAUUUCUAAUACCUUGUUGAAGAACUACAGUUACAACGAGAUACACAACCGGCGAGUUGCACUUGGAAUCACCUGUGUGCAGUGCACCCCUGUCCAGCUCGAGAUCCUGAGGCGGGCAGGGGCCAUGCCCAUUUCCUCUAGGCGCUGUGGGAUGAUUACGAAGCGUGAGGCCGAGAGACUUUGCAAAUCAUUCCUAGGCGCGCACAAUCCCCCAAAACUUCCAGAGAAUUUUGCGUUUGACGUGUCCCAUGAAUGCGCUUGGGGAAGUCGAGGUAAUUUUAUACCGGCAAGAUACAAUAGCUCAAGGGCUAAAUGUAUCAAGUGCUCCUAUUGUAGUAUGUAUUUUUCUCCAAAUAAGUUUAUCUUUCAUUCUCAUCGCACACCAGAGUCAAAAUACACUCAGCCGGACGCUGCAAACUUUAACUCCUGGAGGCGGCACCUCAAACUAACAGAUAAAAACUCACCUGAUGAUGUUGCUCAUGCAUGGGAGGAUGUGAAGGCCAUGUUCAAUGGGGGUAGUCGCAAGAGGACGUUGCCAAUGAGCGGACCAGAGCGUUCUUCUCCAUUAAAAUCGCAUGGACCUUCCAAUCUAUCCCGCGGAGACUCGCCUGAGAUUGCACCAAAAAUCCUACGCUGCGAGGACAACCGAGGUAUGAGUAUGACAAGCUCUCGCAGUUACCCAGUAAUUCCAGUUCCCAGCAAAGGUUUUGGAAUGCUGCAAAAGAUCCCACCUCCGCUCUUUCCACAUCCAUAUGGAUUUCCAGCUUUUGGGUUGUGUCAGAAGAAAGACGACAUGGGAGAGCAAAAUAAACCCAACCUUUCAGGCGUGUUUUGGCCAGGUACCAAGGACAGUACCUAUUCCUUUCCCAUGUUUUGGCCAACAGGCGGCCUUCCUAUACCACCAUACCCACAGUCCCAUCCCAAACCUCCACCGGAGCUCCUGUGCCCUAGGAAAAAUGAUUUGGACCUGUCUGACAACAGUGACACCAACACUCCUAAGGACAGUAUGAUUGACAGUGAGCGAUGCUCCAGCACACAGUCCAUUCGAAACGAAGAAGUAACCGGGGACGAAGCGAGGCCAAUGGAGGGGUUGGCCAUUAUUCCCCGGAAAAUGAGCUAUGUCUCUGCUUUCAGACCGGUUAUCAAAGACACAGAGAGCAUAGCCAAACUUUACGGCAACAGGGGAAAUUACAAAGGUGCUCAUCAUGGCUACCUGUCACCUGAUUUUUUAAGUGAAAGCUCAAGUUACCGGUCCGUAUCUCCCGGCGUGGACAGUGAAGGUGAGCCAGACGUGGAUGUAGAAACAAACAAAUCACAAGAGGACGAGGAAUGCCUUUCAGUUGCCACUGAAGGCAGUCGGAGUUCUCCUAGUCUGAACAUGGCACAGGGUGUUUCAUCGAAUGACCCAGAAUCCAGAUCCGUGCCAGAGGCCACUCUUGUUGACCCACAAAGAAUGAACUUACAUUUAGCACAGUCGUCAGAAAGAGAGACACAAGACAAGGCACGGCCGGAGAGGGCAGCUGCAUCCUUUGUUGACAUGUACACAUCGGAGAGGAGUGAUCUGCAGCACAAAAGCAGUCCCUAUUUUAGGUCUUCUAAUUACCUGCCAGGACUGCUCAAAUCGAAUGAUGAUAGUGCUAAUAAAGAAGAACCAUCCUCGACGGUAGAUGAGACUGAAACGAAAUCUUUAAACGAACAAAGCAAUGCAUCCGAAGAAAGCCAAAGGGAAACGGAUGACGGCGAGGAAGCGACAGUCAACAUUUCCGGAGAUCCAGCAGAGAAGGACAUGGAAACCCUGGCAAAAGAAGAAUUGCAGAAACAACUGCUGGAGCAAGUUGAGAUAAGGAAGAAGUUGGAACGAGAAUUCCAAAGCUUGAAAGACAAUUUUCAAGAUCAAAUGAAAAGAGAGCUAUCGUACAGAGAGGAGAUGGUUCAACAGCUUCAUAUUGUCAGAGAAGCUCACGACGCACUACAUCAUUUUUCAUGCAAGAUGUUGACCCCCCGUCACUGCAAUGGAACCUGCUCCUUCAAAUCUCCUCUCUUACCCCCUUAAAGUCCCCUACCCCCCCCCCCCCAUCCCCCAACACACACACACACCACUAACCACCCCACCCCACUGAAUGGCCACAUUAGGAAUGAUACUUUGGUGCUGAAAAACAUGUGCUUUUGUUGUCAUCGGCCUCUGUAAGAUAACUGUAUGUACUUUUCAGUCAGAGCCAAAAAUCUUAAGGCUCAAUAUAUAAUUUAUAAAGUUCUAACAUAGUCUGUGGAAACCAUGCUUUUUUGUUUCAAAAUGGAAAUAUGACCAUCAUCUUUAGAAAUACUCAAUAUUUAUUUAGUGGCAAAGUGCAAUGACUAGAUAUAUGUACCCUGUGAUAGUUGGAUGUAGUUAUUUGAAUAUUAUGUUAUUAUGUUCAGAAUGUUACAGUACAUAGUUUACAGUUUUAUCAACUGUGUUGUGAAUUAUCGCUGUUUCGCCGUCUUCAUCUGCAACGUUGUAUAUACUUUUGAUGUUAUGCACUUUAAACUAGCUCCUGGGAUAACUUAUAUAGCUUAUGUGUAUUAAAAUAUGUGGUUUGAAAUAAAUUUGUUGUAAUUUAUGAAGGUUUCACAAAAUAUUUAAUACAAUGAAUGAAUGCACUGUAAAGCAAGUGACAAUAAGA